AACAUUUAUUUCCGGUUCCGAUUUUAAAGCUUAUCAUGUGAGAGUUGUAAUUUCGCCGAGUUGUCAUUAAGAUCGUUUUUUUUGUUCCUCUAACUGUUAUACCAGCAUGAUUAAGAUAAAUAUAUUUUAUCCGUUAUACAGAAGGAAACAUCGAGUAAGAUUUGUAUAGAGAUCCCCAAAUCGUUAAGCAAGAAUGUUAUUUCGUUUUUCUUUUAAGGGCUUCAGAACAUGCGAAUGAAUGAGCUCCCUUCACUCUAGUCUAGUGUCACUCCGUCAAAUCAAAUUAUAUAUGCUAGUUGUCUUCGUGGCAUUUAUAUUCUUAAUUUUAUAAAUAUAUUUCAUAUAAAUGGCUGAUUUGGAUCCGAUCGUUAUCAUUUUGGCGACGUCAGGCUCUAAAGGGAAUCGAAUUUUAUUUCGUUACCCACACGAAACUACCAAGAAGAAUGCAGUUGCCUCUCGAUCCAAUGUUGGGACGAAUCCUUAUGCUGUUGUUCCUAUUGAUGACCUUUGUGCAAAAGUUGAAGAAACUGAUUCAAAUAAAGAAAACGAAACAUUACUUGGGAGCCACAAUAUUGUGGGUUUCAAUUUUCAGAACCUUGGUACUUUACUUGCUGCUGAUACCAUCCUCUGUGGGAAACGGUUUGAUGUUAAAAUUAAAGAUGUCCGUUUUGUUGGCUAUCCACUCCAUCUCAACAACCCAAACAGCAAACAUGUACAGACUAUACAGUCCUUUAAUGUGGUCAUUGUUUUAAAAGCAUGUGUUGAUACGACAGUAGUGAACUAUUACCAGGAUCUUGCAAAGCAAAUCACUGUUGCUAUUCGUCAUGAAGAAUGCCGCUGUAAUUACUUGGCUCAGCAAGCCAAAGCGAUGCAACAAGUCCAUGAUGAAUCACCUUUCAGUGAAGUUUCAGAAUGUCCUUACAAGAUGAUUUUAAGACACAGCCAGUUGGCACGGGAACUGAAAUAUGUUUAUGAUAGUCUUUGCAAAAAUGGAAUUGUUCAUUUGUAUGUCAACCACUGGGUUAUGGUCAACUUCUGCUUACCUCACAGAGUCCACUUAAAUUCUCUCAACAACAAAGCAUUAAAGCCUGAAGCAAUUGACAAAUGUUUAGAAUCCCUAAGGCCCUAUCAUGGUAUACUACUUCUGGUUGACUGUGACACUCUUCUGAAAUCCUUACCGAUUGACUGUUCUCCAACUUUAGUUAGACUUAUCAGCUGUGUAAACCCUACAAAGAACCUUCAGACUCUCUCUUUAGAUGCUGAUCUCAGUUUGUCUCAGGUUUUCCGUUUGGUCAGCCAUUUAGUUUACUGGGCUAAAGCAAUGAUCAUUUACCCUCUUUGUGAAAAUAAUAUGUAUGUCUUGUCUCCUCAUACAAACCCUAUUAGCAAUGUACAUUUGGUUGAGCUGUUUGAGAGAGAUUUUCCGAAUGAAAGUUUACCAGUUGUUCUUUCCAAAUAUUCCCUCCCAAUUCGGAUGAAUGAAUAUCGAGAUGCUCUGGACACAUCGCAGAAACAGAGUCAGAAGUGUAAACUGGUCGUAUGGAUGCUGCAACACCAGAUAUUGAUCCAGCUCCACACGUACAUCUUCUUGUCUGUGCCCACGCAAAAGAGCAAGAAGAAGAAACUAACAGAUUCCCUCUUGUCGUCCACACCACUGUCACAGUGUCUCCUCGGUAGGAGCAUCCCUGAUGUCACCAUUGAUGAAAACUGCGUGCUAGAGAGGACUCAGAGUUCUUCAGAUAUUGCAUCAGUAAACAGUGAUGAAAGUGUUAACUUGGGUAUUCCUCAUUCAACAUCAUCUCAGUUAUCGAAAUCUCCAUCCCUUGAUAUACUCCACUUAGAAGAUAGUACUCGUGAUUCUUUGCUGAAGAUUCUCACCCCAGAAGAAUAUGAUGCUGUUGCACGGUUGCCUGCUGCUCGCAAUGCUGAUGACCUGAAACUUUUCUCUAAACUCUGCUGUUACUUUAAUGGAAAACAUCAUCUUGAAGAAAUCAUGUAUUAUGAAGACUUGCGCCGCUCUCAAGUUGUUGCAAUACUGGAUAAGUUCCGUGAUAUUCUUGAAACCUGUACCCAUGAAGAUCCAGUUACAUCCAUCUAUGUACGGUAGCACCCAUCUGACACAGAAACUAUUUCUGUAGCUUCUUUGCUACACAUGCUGUAACAGUUUUAUAGGUUCCAUUAAUUGUGUGAAAGUUUGAUAAUUGUCUUGACAACCAAUUAAAACAAAUGAAAGUGGAGGAGAAAAAAAAAAUAUAAAACAAU